GCGAGGGUCGCUGUCUCAACUGUUGGACUUCGACCCCAGUUGAGGAACGCCAGACUUUAUCCAUCUCCAAAGCAUGACUGAAAUGAUAUCAUAAUUCUGAGGGUCCCUUCUGAAGCAGAAAGGCCCCCAGUUCUUUCGUGCACGCGCACCUCGCAUACGCUGCUGCAAUGCAGCCGCGGACCCCCGCCAGCUCACGUUGCAGCUCUGUGUCCCAGCUCCCCUUUCCCAGCCGCACUCCUCCACCUGCAGCGUCCAAACGCAGGGGCCAUAGUGACCGUUCUUGGGUCUCUUUAAAAAUCAAACUACAUGGUAACGUUUGCUGUGUCCACAUCACCUUGCAAUCUGCUCUCUCAAAACACUGCGCUCAGUCCUAACUACCGUAGUAGGACCUCAUCUUUCCUUUGGAAGGCGGGAACACUGGCAGCUGCUGGGCAAUUUGAAGACCACUGUGGAGGGGUUGGUGUCCGUCAACAGCCCCAAUGUCUGGUCCAAGUAUGGUGGCCUGGAGCGGCUUUGCAGGGACAUGCAGCGCAUUCUCUACCACGGGCUCAUCCAUGACCAGCUGUGUUGCCAGCAGGCCGAUUACUGGCAAUUUGUGAAGGACAUACGCUGGCUCAGCCCGCACUCCGCCCUCCACGUGGAGAAGUUCAUCAACUUGCAUGAGAACAACCAGAGCGAGGCAGCCAGUGUGAGUGAGCGAGCCGUGGCAGAGCUGUGGCUACAGCACAGCUUGCAGUGCCACUGCCUCUCAGCCCAGCUGCGGCCCCUGCUGGGGGACCGGCAGUACAUCCGGAAAUUCUACACAGACGCUGCCUUCCUGCUCAGUGACGCGCACGUGAGGGCCAUGCUGCAGUGUCUGGAAGCCGUGGAGCAGAACAACCCCCGCCUGCUGGCUCAGAUCGAUGUGUCCAUGUUUGCCAGAAAGCACGAGAGCCCACUGCUGGUAACGAAAAGCCAGAGCCUGACCGCUCUGCCCGGUUCCACACAUGCCCCACUGACCGGCUGUGCUCAGCAUUCCUACGUCGGGGCCUCCUCCGGCCUGCACCAGUCCAUGCCCAGCUAUAGCUCAGAAAGAAGAACCACUUCUUUUACACUCUUUGGCCCUUCCCAGAGGCCCCAGGAACGCCAAGGACACUUGACCCCAGCAGAGGAGCAAACUGCCCAGGCCCCCCAGCUCUCAGACUCAGCACCAGCCUCGGAGUCUCCAUCAACUCCACAAGAGAUGAGCUCUGGGCCUCCAACUAGCCUGCUGGAGGCGUCCUGGGUCGGCAGCCAGAGUGAUUCCCCAAGUGACGGCAGCGAGGGGCCUGAAUACCUGGCCAUCGGCAGCCUGGACCCCCGUGGCCGGCCUGACAGCUGUCAGAGCCCCAGCAGCAAUGCUGGGAGCAGCAGCUCAAACCUGUUCUCCUCCAGCAGCUCCCAGAAGCCAGGUUCCGCUGCAUCCUCUUUAGGGGACCAAGAGGGCGGCAGGCAGAGUCAGCUGUCCAGCGUCCUCCGCAGGUCCAGCUUCUCAGAGGGGCAGACGCUCCCUGUCACAGGUGGGACAAAGAAGAGCCACAUCCGCUCCCACUCGGACACCAACAUUGCCACCAGAGGAGCCCCAGGAGGCCCCAGGAAUAUCACCAUUAUAGUCGAAGAUCCCAUUGCAGAGGGCGACCAGUACCUGGGCUCGGGAGAGGGCAUGUUCCGGAGACCAUCGGAAGGACAGUCCCUCAUCAGCUACCUCUCGGAGCAGGACUUUGGCAGCUGUGCAGAUCUGGAGAAGGAGAACGCCCACUUCAGCAUCUCCGAGUCCUUGAUCGCCGCCAUCGAGCUAAUGAAGUGCAACAUGAUGAACCAGCGUCUGGAGGAGGAAGUGGAAGAGGAGGACAGCGAUCGAGAGAUCCAGGAGUUGAAGCAGAAAAUCCGCCUCCGACGCCAGCAGAUCCGCACCAAGAACCUACACUCCGAGUACCAGGAGAUGGAGCCUGGGAGCUUUCGGGUCACCUCCAGCAGCUCCCAGUUUAGCUCUCGGGACUCAGCACAAUUCUCUGAUUCUGGCUCUGCUGAUGAGGCUGACGAAUUUGAAAUCCAAGAUUCUGACGUCCGGCGGAGCAUGGCCUCGAACAGUAAACCCUUCCUUUCCUCCCAGUCUGUCUCCCACUGCUUCCUGCAUUCCACGUCCGCUGAGGCGGUGGCCAUGGGGCUUCUGAGGCAGUUCGAGGGCAUGCAGCUUCCGGCUGCCUCGGAGCUGGAGUGGCUGGUUCCAGAGCAUGAUGCCCCUCAGAAGCUGCUGCCCAUCCCUGACUCCCUGCCCAUCUCGCCCGACGACGGGCAGCACGCGGACAUCUACAAGCUGCGGAUCCGCGUGCGUGGCAACCUGGAGUGGGCCCCACCCCGGCCUCAGAUCAUUUUUAACGUUCAUCCAGUCCCAACGAGGAAGAUCGCUGUGGCCAAGCAGAACUACCGCUGCGCGGGAUGUGGCAUCCGGACUGACCCCGAUUACAUCAAGCGGCUGCGGUACUGUGAGUACCUAGGCAAGUACUUCUGUCAGUGCUGCCAUGAGAAUGCCCAGAUGCUCAUUCCCAGCCGGGUCCUGCGCAAGUGGGACUUCAGCAAGUACUGCGUCAGCAAUUUCUCCAAGGACCUGCUCCUCAAGAUCUGGAACGACCCCCUCUUCAAUGUGCAGGACGUCAACAGCGCCCUCUACAGGAAGGUCAAGCUGCUCAACCAAGUGCGGCUGCUUCGGGUGCAGCUGUGCCACAUGAAGAACAUGUUCAAGACGUGCCGACUGGCCAAGGACCUCCUGGACUCCUUUGACACAGUCCCAGGCCACCUGACAGAGGACCUCCACCUGUACUCUCUCAACGACCUGACCGCCACCAAGAAGGGGGAGCUGGGGCCGCGGCUGGCAGAGCUCACCCAGGCAGGGGCUGCCCACGUGGAGCGCUGCAUGCUCUGCCAAGCCAAGGGCUUCAUCUGUGAGUUCUGUCAGAAGGAGGAAGACAUCAUCUUCCCUUUCGAGCUUCAGAAGUGCCGCAUCUGUGAAGAGUGCAAAGCAUGCUACCACAAGGCCUGCUUCAAGUCUGGACGCUGUCCCCGGUGCAAGCGGCUGCAGGCCCGGCGGGAGCUGCUGGCCAGGCGCAGCCUGGAAUCCUACUUGUCCGACUACGAGGAGGAACCUGCGGAGGCCCUGAGCCUCGAGGCCACCGUCCCCGAGGGCACCUGAGGGAAGCACAUGGGUUCUCCGUCUUGACACCAGGGUCACACAAAAUGCAGAACUGAGCCACCCUUUGAAGGACUUUCACCCUUGGGGAUUUUUUUUUUCUAAAUUAUUAUUUUUUUAAUGACUUGUUGGAUGUUCAUGUGUAGCCAAUCUCUGUUCGGUGGAUGGGGCCAGUCUGUCCUAACAGCUAAUUACUAGGCACCAGCACCUUCAGUCAGGACUGACACAGGGUCCUGAGCGAAGCUUCUGGCGCCCUGGCAGGGAGCAGACACGAGAGCCAGUUCUGUCACCAUGGUCCUCCCACAGGACCAGCUCUGCUCUUCGCGCAGUGUCAUCUCCACUUGUUUUUAGUUUCCGAGCCUCUAAACCAGCUGUCCUCUCCUUUGCUGCUGUAACGCUGGGUGGGAUUUUCUCCAGCUGGGUCCUGAAAAGGAGAGAAGUACAGAGAGCGCAACUCCAUGGGGGUGUCCAAAGGCCCUUUGGGGGCCAUAAAAGCAGUCAUUACUGCCCUGGAGCUCAGAGACCUCAGCGAGACAGACAGCUGUGGUGCCCUUGUGCAGAGUGUCCUAGGCAAAGAUGGAGGCUCACGCCGACUUUCUUCACCUCCCCAGUGGGCUUGAAGCAAAGAAUGUGACCGAGGCAUAGGCUUGGCCUGAGUGCAGCCUGCACUGCUGCGUGAGUGAGGCGCGGCUGCUGAGGUGCAUUUAUCCAGGUAGAGAGCUGUGGCGCCCUGAGGUGUCGAGGUCCCCAGUAACUGAGCACAGUGUGGUAUUUCAAGCUCAGGCCAGUCCCCGAUGCCCUGCAUAAGGACAGAAGCCUUACUGUGGACCGUCUUAACGGGGUCCCUUACUGCUGUGUCCUGUUGGGUGGUCACAGUGGUUCUCGUUAGAGAUAUAGCCCAGCUCCAUUCUGUGUCCCUUGUGCCACCAAACUGGGACCCUCGCUGGUGGCUGAUCUCUUGCCUUAGUUUUUUUUUUUUCAGAGUUGGAGAAAAGCCUGCUAUUUGUAGUGUUAGAGAACUUGACAGUUUGUGGACUUGAAUGUGAAUGUCCCUGCAUUCUUGGGAUAACGUCUUUACGCCAGUUAUGCACUUACCUCUUCAUCCACCCUGGUGACUGUCAUACCCUCAGCCAUUUCUCGUGACUUGUUUAACAUACUUCCCACCCCACGUUAGUGUGUAUUUUGGGGGAAAAGCACUUGGUUGAGGGAGGGGGGCUCAGUAUGUGUUUGUGGUGUUCCUGAAGUUGCCGUAACUCCUGGCUGCCGUGUGAAACGCUGGUUGGGGUUGCUUCUCCAGUGGCCCCUCAGUGCCUCACCUGGCAGUGUUCUGGGGCCAUGUGGUCACUAGUCAAUAAGCUUUUGCCUGGGUGUGGCCCCCGGAAGCCAAACAGAAAGUUGCACAUGGUUGGUGGAAGCUGAUUUGUGCCAGAGCUGGGGGACACAGGGAUCUCGUGCGGAAGUGGAAGGGGUAUUAGGGUAACCGCUGAAGUGAAGCUGUACCAUAGCAGGAGGGACACGGAGGGGGAUCCUCUGCCCAGGCUCGGGGUUGGGGGGCUCAGUGGGCCCGUUUUGCCCCCUGCUCAUGGCGAGGCUCUAAGAGCCAAGGCCCAGUCCCGGCUUGAAGGGCUGACGAGAAGUUCUCAUCCAUCGGGAGCUUUAAGAGUGACUCCACAUUUCACUGCGGUGAGGCCCCGGUUCAGACUCGGGUUUGUGAAAGUGGUGGACUCCACUUCCAGUUUUGGUUUAAAUUUCAAGCCCAUCUACUUACACCAAGUCACUACACUGGAGGAGCCGCGACUCCCGCGUCCUGUCGCGGAGGACCAGAGCCGGACUCCGCCACCUUCCAGGCUCCACGUUCUUCCCUGUUUUCCACAGCUCCCUUGCAUCCCUUCAGAGGCCACGUGUUUUAGUGACUGUGUUGUGAAGCUGUCCUCACAGGCCACAUACCCAUGUAUUUUUUUACUGGAGAGUCGGGGAAGAGGGCUGAGGAAGGGAUGUUUCGAGAGCACUUUGCAACCUAGCAUAGCUGAGAAGCCCUGCUGUCAUGGCGCACUGACAGUCCCUUCUGCGUGACGUGGGAGGCGAGGAGGGGCUUUUCUGUACAUAAAGGGAAAACAAGCUUGCUUCCAAGGUAGAGAUGAGAGAGUGCAAGGCCGGCCUUGCCGCUCACAUGAGGCGGCCACCGACUUCUCUCUGCCGUGUUGUGCUUUUGUUGCCUUAACACAAGGGAGCAAGUCAGCAGAGGUGUCAUGGCGGUGGACACGCCACUCGUGUGUGAGCUGGACGUCCACUUGCUGCUGUUCUGGCCCCGCCUAGCAGUCCAUCACCAUCUUUAAUAAACUAAGUAAAUGAAA